UCAACCUUGCUCUCUUCACAGCACUCAGAGGUGUGAAAACCAACAGUAUGGCCACGGCUCAGUCCAUGUUGCUGCUUGCGGUUAACAUCCUGCUGAUCUCCGAGUUCAUCCUCGCCAAGAGGGACUACUACGAGCUGCUGGGAGUGCCGAGAGACGCCACAGAGCGCCAGGUGAAGAAGGCCUUCCAUAAGCUGGCUCUGAAGUACCACCCUGACAGAAACAAGGACCCAGACGCAGAGGCAAAGUUUAGGGAAAUAGCAGAAGCUUAUGAGACGUUAUCAGAUGAUAAGAGGAGGCGAGAGUACGACCAGUUCGGCCACGGCCCGUCACCAGGGGAGGGCCGCGGAGGAGGAGGAGGAGCAGGCAGCGGCGGCAGCGACUACAACUUCAAACAGCACUACCAGACCUUCAACUUCGACGACAUCUUCAAAGACUUUGACCAUUUUGGUCACCAACAUAGACACCACCAACACCACUUUCACUCCCAAUCCCCAAACCAAGCCCACCAAAAGAAACACUUCGACAGCCCCUUCCAGGCCCAUGAAGAGGCCAUGAACAAACACAAGAGGCAGUUCCAGCAGGGGGCAUUUGGCGGUGGAGUAUUUGACGACAUGUUCGAGGACCUGGAGAAGAUGUUCACCUUUAACGCGCACAGUUCGCGCGCCGAGAGUAGAUUUCAGAGCACGGGGAAGCAGCACUGCAGGACAGUGACUCAGCGCAGGGGAAACAUGGUGACCACCUUCACCGACUGCUCCUGAGGCGGACAGAAAACGCGAUGCUCUCGGGACACUGCUGGGUUUUAAGUCGUGGUUUUGGAAUUGAAUGCUAAUUUAUCACUCGGUGGAAUAGAGAAUUGUUUUGCGUGGCUUUUGUUGUAUUGUUUAUGUAAUCUCCUCUCAGAACAAAUGUCCAAGCGGGCCUGUUUAAUGGCCGCUUCCAAGCAAUAACACACGCAUCAUUGCUAAUAGCACAAUAUAUUAUAUACCUCUUUGUCAUGUCGUUUUCCAGGUUCAUUUUUUAAAUUGGUACAAUCUAUAAGACUCAGGUAUGGCCUUACGAUAUCAGACAAGGCAAUAUGAUUUAUUAAACACACCACAGAUGUGAAACAUUCAUUCUGUAGUUAGGCCAUACUCGUGCUCUCUACAGGAUCAACCAUUCCCUUUUGCUUGGCAUAGUUUACUCUGUAACUGCAUAUUCUCCCUCUUGUUUUAGAAAUAAGCUUAAAGAUUAGCAAAAAGUUGUGCAAGUUGGCAAUUAUCAACUGUUACCUCAUUUAAAGUCUCUUCCUGCAGUUGGACGCAUUGACAUCUUUCUCAUGACAAAGGCUGGCUAAGUUUUGUUUUGACGGCAAAACGAAGAACAUGUGUGAACUGCCAGCCAAAGCAGAAGUUUCCUGAACUGAUUUUAAAGUGCAAUAUUCAGCACCUGUGCUCUUCAUGUUGCCUUCUUUCAUAGACAGUGUUGUAUUUAUGUCAUUGUCUAAUAUCUGCACUUUGUAUUGUGUGUGUGUGUGUGUGUGUGUGUGUGUGUGUGCGCGCCCUUAGUGGCCUGAAUGUUGACUGAUUGAAAAAAUGUUUUGAAAAUGAAUAAAAACUAUGAAGCGCA